AUGCCGCUCCUGGUUUGUCCCCAAGGACCAAUUGGUCCUCCAGGUGCACGCGGUGACAAAGGAAAAGAUGGCAUAAAUGGAAGUCCUGGAGCCCAAGGAUUGCCUGGCGCCGAUGCUGAAUAUUGCCCAUGCCCGGAACGUUCAAAAGGGGUUGAUGUAGGGCCCGCUCCUCCAGCAGCUCCAUCCCCAUCACCUCCAUAUCAACCACCUGAAACUCAUCCAGCUAAUAAUUAUGGUGCUGCCGUGCCAAAUAAAAGUGCUCCUGAGGCACCAAAAAAGCCAGAAGUUGGAGGCUAUGAAGCAAAAACUGAGGGAGGUAGUGGUUAUGGAGGAGGAACUGUAAAGGCCGCAUCUGAAACCAAUUCAGAAAGCAUUGGAGAACAAUCGACUUCAAGUCGACGUUUAUCUGCAUAUAAUAAACUUGUUCAUGCUGCACUUAAAAGACGCCAUCUUCGUUAA